UUCGGUGUCUCGAAUUUUUUUUUUUUCGCUUUUCUCCUGCGCGAGAACGGAGCCGUUUUAGAAUUUUGAGAAAUAUUUGAAAAUUUGGAAUCUCGCUGACGUAACGGAUCCCUAACAACGAACAAGCCAGGGCGGCUCAUACAGAGCUUUUGAAAAGGUGUUUUUUUUUUAAAUAAAAUAUAUAUAUUUUUAUUAAAUAUUGUGGAGGAAACAGAAGAAGGCGGACGGGUUGUACGGGGAAAGGUACAACCGGGUUAUACACGCCACACAGGGAAUUAAAAACCAGACGCAGAACCGUUUCCGUAGCCGACGGAGCAAGAUGUGCUUAUCCGAUAUCGUCUGACGAGGACACUUUUCUGCUUAUUUUACUAUUAUUAUUUUAUAUACAUUUUUCAACCCAAGCUUUCCAAAAUGUUGGGGAAAGCCGCCGUCUGCUGCUCCAGUCCAAGCUGCUCGCCUCUGCUGCUUCAAAUAUAACUAAAAAAAGCCCGGACGAGACUCAGGUGCGGCGAAGGAGGCCGGGACCGGGGCUGUGCAGUUUGGUUACGCCGGGUUUCGAAGCGAGCGAGUCGUGGGAGCGUGCUCAGGAAAAGUCGGGGAUCCGCUGCGGGGCCCUCGAAGCUGCCAAAAAAAUACACUGACCGAAAAAAACCAACAAACGGUGGAAACGAAGCGGAUUUUCUUCAAAACUUACAGAGACGAGAAAGCCGCUGGAGUUUUCUGUGCUGCCUAAACCAAUGAAACGCAAGGGGACGUAAUUAUUUGGGGGAAAUAAUUGCAUUUGACGAGAUUUCUGAUCCAGAUAAGCGUUUGUUUUGAAAUUAUUAUUAUUAUUAUUAUUAUUUAAAGCAUAAUCAAAUCGAAAGUUAUUCACGAAAUUAAGUUUUAAAAACAUUCCAAAGAUUUUAUACUUUUUGUCUGCGGCUUGGAGUAAGAGGGACUGUCUUUUAAUUUAAUUAAAGUGAUCUAUCUUUUAGUGCUAGUUAUCUCUCUGCGUGUAUGUGUGUGUGGCAUUUAUAGUUGAUAAAAACGUUUACAAGAUAAAACGAUCCUUAAAAAAUAAAAUAUAAACAGACAAGCAGAGAAAAGCACAAGAUUCUCUCACUGUGCUUCAGAAUUAAGAGAUUCACGAAGUUCAGACGUGUCGGAAAUUCAUGCUUUUAAAAAGUAAAAACGAAUCAAUAUUCACAAAAACACACACAGCGCAACAUAAUUGAUUUGUAUUGAUUAAGUUGAGAGAGAAGUUUGUGUAUACUUGGAUAAAUUAAUUAAUCAAGCAACUGUUCCCACCAGAACUGAAAUUUAGUUCUAUAUAUUAAAACAAAUCCCACCCAGGUUAAUAUUGAUCAAUGCUUCUGGUUGGAUAAUUGCACGCAGUUUUUAAAUUGGUGUCGUCCAGAAGAAACGAGUCGAUUUGAAUUUGUAGAUGUGUUUUUUUUUUUAAAUGCUCAUCGCGAUUUUUCGAUUGCAUCGGGAGUUAUUGCAACACGGCGUGUGGAAAUCGCAAGGCUUUGGGGAAUGAAAAAUCAUUUUUAAAAGAAAUCCAGCUAGCCAUGCAUUAAUAACAGGUUACACUAGAACCGUGCGUCAUUUUCCGAGUUUGCUUCGAGUGAAAAAAACUAGCGAUCUCUCUCCCAUUAACAAUACAAGAGCUAGCAAGUUUUGCAAAAUAGUUUUGAGGUACCGUGGAGACCGGACGCGGUGACUCAGUGUAGUCUUUACCCUGCAGGCUGAUGUGAAACAAGGCGAACAAUAUACCAUGUCGUCUUAAUAAUAAUAAUAAUAACAACCAGAGUUAUCAUUGUACUAAUAGGGAUGCCUAAGGUUAGAGAUCUGUGCGAGUUUACUCUACAGCUGAGCCCUUAGUUAAAGAAGCUGUCGAUAUUCACUGUCUCGACAGACCGAGAGAAAGACGGUUUGAUUUUUGGGAGUCGGAUCAAAGUGGAUUGCUGUGUGAAACUUCAGCGGCAUUUUUGAAGGAACAGCCGAUUAAAAACUUUGCUGGGAAUUUGAACCCCCGGCUGAAAUAAUUAAGUAAUAAUACUAGGAUUUGUUUUUCUCUCCAAGUUAAACCAAAGUUCUUUUUAAUUUUAAUUAUUCUUUUUUUGGUUGUUUUUUUAUUUCGGUUCAGUUCGAGGUUUGUGACUCCACUCUGUUUCGGACUACUAAAGAAAUUGGAUUUUUAUUUUUUAUUUUUACGGUGGUCGGGAGGGGUCACUUCUGGAAUUUACAAAUCGAUUUUCUUUUUAAAUCGAACGAUGGAACGAUGACGUACCUCACGCGUCAUUCAAACCCGUGACGCAAUUGCGACACACUUGUUGUUGUCCCGACAUCCGCUGCAGCUUCCUCACCAAAAUAAAAACAUUUCAACUUCAAAGCAGGAUAAAAUUAGACAGAUCGGCUUUGUAGCGGACAACAGCAGGCAAACGAAGAGGAGAAAGAGUUUUGAGGAUUUCUUAUUAUUAUUUUGGACUGUGGACAGAAUAAUUCCAGUGAAGGAAAAAAUAUCAGCCACUUUCUCUCUCUCUCUCUCUCUCUAUCCAUUUUCUCUCUCUUCUCCUAACCCCCAAACUCACCCGCUCCUCUGAUAUAAAACUCCGUCACACACAGACUUUGCUGUCUCUCUUAAAGGCAUUUUAUAAAUAUUCAGUUUUUUUUUUCUUCUGGUCAAGUCGUCACUUGUCUGGUUUUGAGCACCUUUUUAAAACUCUAAAUAGCAACACAUGUAGAGAGAUAACCGCACAUCAUUACACAGAGACGCACUGACACACACACACAGCUAGAUUUAAAUAUAUUUAAAUAUAUACAUAGUGCACCUUUUUCACCGAAACCCUGUCAAACGUCAGUCUUCUAUUCUUAAUAUAUAUAUUUUUUAAAUUGAUUUGAACAUCAUUUUAUAAUUUCAUAGAUUAAACAAAUUAAACCCUACGGGAUCCUAAAAUCGCUUAUUGCGUAGUUUUAAUAUUCUUGCCUUCACUUAAAGCCAUAUCACGUAGAUUCUUAUUUUAAAACCUUUUCAUUUCUGUUUUUAUAGAUCUAUCUAUCUAUCUAUCUAUCUAUCUAUCUAUCUAUCUAUCUAUCUAUCUAUCUAUCUAGAUAUUUUCCACACAUAGCUCGUCUGUUCUACACAAAUCCCUACAUUUUGAGCAUUAAUUUUUUGUCUUUGUCAAUUAGAUUCAGAUUCUUUUGCACUGGGACACAUCAGUCGCUGCCAAAACCAGAACCAGCAAAAAAAGGCUUCAUUUUACAAAUCUAUUAACGGUUUAUUUCAGUGUACAGAACUAUAUAUUCCAAAAAUAUAUUAAAAUAUAUAUAGAGAGAGAGUUAUGUUUGUGUGUGUGUAAAAUCUUCCCAUUUUAAAACAGGGCUCUGGGAUUGGACAGAAAUCUCCGACUCUCUACUAAGUUUUGAUAGAUAAAAAAAAAAAAAAAUACAACAAACGGUUUUAAAUAAGUUUCAGAUAGUCUGUGGUGCUUUUUUUUCAUACCCUUCAGAUCGGAUGUUUGGCUCUAGUAAUAUAGUUUAAUUACAGCGCUUUUUAAACGCUGGUAGAUCUAGCAGAUAUUUCCCUCGCUUCACUCUUCACCAGCGCUGUCCUUCAUCUAGAAAUCUUACCUAAACAACACACCCCUCCCUCCCUCUGUUUCCCCCAUCCCUCCAUCCUCUCCACCUCUCCCCACCCCUCCAUCCUCUAUCCAGCUCAAAUUCUCCCUCCUUGUUAUAUUUUGACCACAGCUUGAGUCCCUAAUAUUUGCCCCUCCUUUUAAAUUCCAGACCCUCCGUACAGUAAACGACCCCUCGAUCUCUUCACUAAAAAAAAAACAUUCAUCUACCUCCAAUCCUCCCUCCCUCCCUCUCUCCCUCCCCCUCUCUCUCUCUCUCUCUCUCUCUCUCUCUCUCGAAAUACACAACUCUCAAAGAAAAAAAAAUCUCUAGUAACCCAAUUUCUCCGUACAUAAUCAGAGCUUCCCAUAGUCCUUCCAACCCUCUAAUCAAGACCCCCCCCCAGUUUACCCCUCCCUCUCCCUCUUUCCCUCCCUCUCCCUCUCCCUCUCUCCCUCCCUCUCUCCACCUCUCUCCCCCACCCUGGGCUAUGCGGUGGGGAGCUGUGAAUUUGUGGAGCAGACGAACCAGCAGGAUCAAGCGAAGCGACCUCCGUUCCUCCCCCCACCCCCACCCCACCUCACCCCCCCCAGACCGUACCGAAACCUGCCCCCCUCCCUCCCCGCUCCCCCGUACCUCCGAGAGCAGAAGAUGCCGCCUGGCUCGGGCAGCAACGCCACCCUGAGCAAGAUUAAGCCCAGCAAGUACGUUCCCGUGUCGGCCGCCACCGCCUUCCUGGUGGGGUCCAGCUCGCUGUUCUUCGUGUUCACGUCUCCCUGGUUGGCUCAGCACUUCUCCCUGGCCGUCCCGCUCUACAAUGCAAUCGUGUUCCUCUUCGUCGUCGCCAACUUCAGCAUGGCAACUUUCAUGGACCCCGGAGUCUUCCCCAGAGCCGAGGAGGACGAGGAUAAGGAAGAUGAUUUCCGCGCUCCGCUCUACAAGACGGUUGAGAUCAAGGGGAUUCAGGUGCGGAUGAAGUGGUGCUCCACCUGCCGCUUCUACAGACCCCCGCGCUGCUCCCACUGCAGCGUGUGUGACAACUGUGUGGAGGAGUUCGAUCAUCACUGCCCCUGGGUGAACAACUGCAUCGGGCGACGCAACUACCGAUACUUCUUCCUGUUCCUGCUGUCGCUCACGGUGCACAUCAUCGGGGUGUUCGGCUUCGGACUGCUCUUCAUCCUUUACCACUCGGAGCAGCUGGGCAAGGUGCACUGCGCCGUCACUAUGGCAGUGAUGUGCGUCGCUGGGCUGUUCUUCAUCCCAGUGGCAGGGCUUACUGGUUUCCACCUCGUACUGGUGGCCCGGGGUCGAACCACCAACGAACAGGUGACAGGUAAAUUUCGGGGCGGAGUCAAUCCCUUCACCAAUGGGUGCUGGAAGAACAUCAGUCACGUGCUGUGCAGCUCACAAGCGCCCCGGUACUUGGGUCGUCCUCGGAAGGAGCAGACGGUCGUGGUGAAGCCCCCUUUCCUGAGACCGGAUCACUGCGACGGACGCACCCCCCUGAAAGUGCUGGACAACGGGAUCCAGGGUGAGCUGAGCCACUCCACGUCCAAGGGCAGUCUGGAGGUGAUGGAAAGCCAGUCUGCUGAUGCAGAGGCCCCCCCGCCUCCCAAACCGGAGCUGCACAGAUUCACAGGAUUGCGAGCCCAGCUCACUGUGAACACUACCGAGGAGAGCAGCCUGCUGUCUCCGGACAACCCCGCCACUCCCACGAUGUACAAAUACAGACCAGCCUACAGCAGCCCUGGCAAGAACCACAGCAGCAAGAUGAGCCGCGGGGACAGCCUCAGAGAACCCCCCUCCCUCCUGGAAAGCAGCCAGCAGACCAGUUACCACUCGGAGCCCAGCCUGGACGGACUGAGCGGCCCCCAGCCUGUGCACGAAGCUGGGGGCCGCCUGUCGGGGGGCUCCCUCUCCUCCAGCCUGCGCUCCGCUCACACCCACCCCCUGGGCGGGGGGCCCAGCUUCGACGGCGGGGCUCUGACCUCCGUCCGCUCCGAGGGAACCACCUCCACCAGCUACAAGAGCCUGGCCAACCAGACUCCGCGCAACGGCAGCCUGUCGUACGACAGCCUCCCCACCCCCUCGGAGAGCCCCGAGUUCGAGUCGGCCGCCCCCGAGCCCCCCCCCGGCCCGGGCUACAGCUCCCCCUUCCUCUCCGCCCAGAUCGCCCAGCAGAGAGAGGCCGAGCUGCAGCACUGCAAACCCGGCUUCUCUCUCCCCUCUCACAGGGACGGGCUGCGCAGGACUCCGUCCUCGAGGGGCUACGAGAUCGAGGAGAGGGACAGGCUGCUGUCCGGUCCCCACCCGCACCAGAGGGCCCCCCCUCCCAGGUUCGGACGACCCGUCCCGCUCUCCUCCUCCCCCCCCGGCGGAGAGGGCGGGCCUCCCCAUCACCACCCCCCCCAGCAGCAGCAGCAUUCAAUGAGGGCCAGGUCUCUGGGUUCCCCCGAGAAAGGUUACCACCAUCCCUCCCAGUUCCACCCCCACCUGCACCAGUACCCGCCCCCCCACGGCGCACUGGGCAAGUCCACGUCCUACACCAGCGGGCCGGGGGCUCCCGCGAUGAGGGAGGGGGGCGUGGAGUUCCAGCAGCGUCACCACGGCUACCCCUCCUUCAGCAAUCUGAUCCACGCUCCCAAGGACGAGGUCCAGAUGAAAUCCAACAGCCGGACUAAUGGACAGCCUCGACCACAUCCCUUCUCCAGUUACCCUCCCAGUCACAGCUCCCAGCACUCCAGCAACAGCAGCACUGGCCCCGCCUCUCCCUCUGCCCUGCCCCUCCCCCCGCCCAGUCACAGCGCUCCCCUCAGCCCCGCCUCCAGGGGAGGGGGAGGAGUCAAGAAGGUGUCAGGAGUGGGCGGGACUACCUACGAGAUUUCAGUGUGAGACACACAGACACCAAAAAAAAAAAGACUUGCUCGCGUCUUCCCACGACUUGAGAGAUUGGAGGAACUCUGGUUUUUUUUUUUUUUUUUAAGGUCGUGUCUCAAAGGACAUCCAACGCAAUUUCCCAAGACUUACCUCGGGAGAGAUCAAGAAUGACAAGGAGUUGGGAGUUUAAAAAAGAAAGACUCGAUACUUUUGAGAUGUGUCUU